UCGCCGCCUCGUGUGACUGCGGCGCCUCUGUGACAGAAUCCCAACGGCGUGAUGUCAGCGUGCGAUGUCGUCAGCGAGCGCCAUCUCGCCCGGGUGGCGACCAUCGCUCUUCCAAGGGUGCGACGCAAGCGAAACUGCUGCACAGCUUCCCAAUGAUCGCUCGCUCAGACCGGAGUGCGCAGCAGACCGCUCGCUAUCGUCGCCAUCUUCAGCUCCGCGCCGCCAGACUCCUCCUCGCCGCCACGCUCAGCACUGCCAUAUGGAUGCCACGGCAAGCGUCCCUCCAGAGGAGCUGGAGGACCUGAAAGAGGCCUUCGAUAAAAUCGACGUCGACGGCAAUGGCUUCAUCACCAAAGGUGAGCUCAACGAUCUCUUCCGGGCCGCCAACUUGACCCUGCCGGGUUUUAGGAUUCGAGAGAUCAUCGAGGAGCUGACCAAGUCCAGCGAGCAGCUCACCUUCUCGGAGUUCACGCAGAUAGUUCAAAACCUGAAAAGCACAGAGGUGGGCAAGACCUUCCGGAAGGCCAUCAACAAGAAAGAGGGGAUCCGGAACGUGGCCGGAACCUCGGAGCAGGCUGGAACGCAGCAUUCAUACUCGGAGGAAGAGAAGGUGGCCUUUGUCAACUGGAUCAACAAAGCCCUGGAGAAGGACCCUGACUGCAAACACGUCCUGCCUGCUGAUCCCGACACCGAUGAGCUCUUCACAGCCGUGGGGGAUGGAAUCAUUCUCUGUAAGAUGAUCAACCUCUCUGUGGACGACACCAUCGACGAGAGGACCAUCAACAAGAAGAAGUUAACCCCCUUCACCAUCCAGGAGAACCUCAACCUGGCUCUCAACUCGGCCUCGGCCAUCGGCUGCCACGUGGUCAACAUCGGAGCCGAGGACCUGAGGGAGGGUCGGCAGCAUCUGGUCCUCGGUCUGCUCUGGCAGAUCAUCAAGAUCGGACUGUUUGCGGACAUUGAGCUCAGCAGGAACGAAGCUUUGAUUGCGCUGCUGAGAGAUGGCGAGAGUCUGGAGGACUUGAUGAAGCUGUCGCCGGAGGAGCUGCUUCUGCGCUGGGCCAACUUUCACCUGGAGGAGGCCAACGUGCCCAAAAUCAACAACUUCAGCUCGGAUAUCAAGGACUCGCGAGCGUACUUCAACCUCCUGAAUCAGGUCGCACCCAAAGGGGACGAUGAAGGAAUCCCGCCAAUCACCAUCGACAUGUCGGGCCUCAGAGAGAAAGAUGGUGUCCAGCGUGCAGAAUUGAUGCUGGACCAGGCAGACAAGCUGGGGUGUCGUCAGUUCGUCACGGCGACCGACGUGGUCCGCGGUAACCCCAAACUCAACCUGGCCUUUGUGGCCAACCUGUUCAACAGAUACCCUGCCCUCAAGAAACCCGAGAACCAGGACAUAGACUGGAGCUCCAUCGAAGGAGAAACCAGAGAAGAACGGACCUUCAGGAACUGGAUCAACUCCUUGGGUGUCAACCCUCGUGUCAAUCAUCUCUACGCUGACAUGGAGGAUGCCUUGGUCAUCUUCCAGCUGUACGAGAAGAUCAAAGUUCCCGUGGACUGGGAGCGAGUCAACAAGCCUCCUUACCCCAAACUGGGCAGCAACAUGAAAAAGCUGGAGAACUGCAACUACGCGGUGGAGCUGGGUAAGAAGGAGGCCAAGUUCUCGCUGGUGGGCAUCGCCGGCCAAGACCUGCACGCUGGGAAUCGAACCCUCACCCUGGCGCUGCUCUGGCAGCUCAUGAGGAGGUACACACUGAACAUCCUGGAGGAGCUCGGCGAUGGGCAGAAAGUUACCGACGACACCAUCGUGGCGUGGACCAAUCAGAUGCUGGCGCAAGCCGAGAAAACAUCGUCCAUCUCUAGUUUUAAGGACGGUUCCAUCAGCACCAGCAUGCCGGUUCUGGAUCUGAUUGACGCCAUCCAACCUGGAUCCAUCCGAUAUGACCUGCUCAAGACCGACGAACUGUCUGAAGAGGAAAAACUCAACAACGCCAAUUCCGAACCACCAACGGAAACCAGGCUAGUGUGUCAUGCGAUCACCCGUAAUGAUGAUGACGACGAUGAUGAUGAUUGUCAGGUACGCCAUCUCCACGGCAAGGAAGAUCGGCGCGCGCGUGUACGCGCUGCCCGAGGACUUGGUGGAGGUGAAACCCAAGAUGGUGAUGACCGUGUUCGCCUGCCUGAUGGCGCGCGCCAUGAAGCGGGCCUGACGCGCGCUCACAAAACAACGCAGACAUCCACCACCGAUGAUGUCAUAGCACUGAUGAUGUCAUAGAAGUCCACAACAAGUUGACAGGACCAAAGAACAACAAUACCCUUUUUUUUUAAAUAAAUAAAUGUGAUUCAUCACUACUGGA